AUGAGGACCAGCCACUGCAGUCACCUGCCGGGAGUCCUGCCGGAGCGCCCGCCGGCACCCAGCAGCAAGACCCUGCCCGGUGGCAGCGGCAGCGGUGGCCCAGCCGGCAGCUGCUCGCAGUAUGUCAUGCAGGUGUCAGCCAAAGAUGGGCAGCUGCUCUCCUCCGUCGUGCGGACGCUCGCCACACAGAGCCCCUUCAAUGACCGGCCGAUAUGCAGGAUCUGCCACGAGGGCAGCAGCCAGGAAGACCUGCUUUCCCCCUGUGAAUGUACAGGGACCCUGGGGACUAUUCACCGCAGCUGCCUGGAGCACUGGCUGUCAUCUUCAAACACCAGCUACUGCGAACUCUGCCACUUCAGGUUUGCAGUGGAGCGCAAACCCAGGCCAUUGGUGGAGUGGCUGAGGAACCCAGGUCCCCAGCAUGAGAAACGGACUCUCUUUGGAGACAUGGUGUGCUUCUUGUUUAUCACUCCGCUGGCGACUAUCUCUGGCUGGUUGUGUCUACGAGGAGCAGUGGACCAUCUGCACUUUAGUAGCAGGCUCGAAGCUGUUGGCCUCAUUGCACUCACUGUUGCACUCUUCACUAUUUACCUCUUUUGGACCCUUGUAUCCUUUAGGUAUCACUGUAGAUUAUACAAUGAAUGGCGUCAGACCAAUCAGCGGGUGAUACUCCUAAUCCCAAAGUCUGCCAACAUCCCCUCCAACCAGCAGUCCCUGCUGGGCCUGCAGUCCCUCAAGAGGAACUCAAAGGAGACAAUCGUUUGAUUUGGGCAGUUCUACGCAGGGGCCAUGCACUAAAAAUAUUUUCCCUCAAACUCACUGGGGACACACACUGUCCAGAACCCAGGAGUGUGCUAUUCUGAUUUACAAGCUCUUUGCAGAGUAAUAAAUCACUGUUUGAAUUCAAAUCAUGGAUGCUGCAAUCAUACGAUAUUUGCUAAGCUGCCAAACUUAUUUAGCAGAUACUGUAUGGAAUUCUACAAGCUCAUGUUAAUACUUGCAUCAUCAAGUGAUG